AUGUCCUCCAAUCCUUAUGAGAACGAGCCUGGGUACGAAUUGGCUGAAUCAGAUGGAGACAAAAAGGACAUGAAGGCCUAUGCCGCUAAGAUUCGCCACGAAAGCAUCCGGAUCUCUGUCAUCGAGCCUCUCGAGUGCAUUCUCGGUAUCAAAGCGAACAGUACGAUCAAUCCCACUGAUGAAGAAGAGGAAAAGGACGUCGACGAAGGAGCCGAUAUCACCGAUACCUUUGCAGACCUGCGUAAAAGGAGGUUCUUGUGGUAUUAUGAUUGUUAUAUGCAAUCCAUCGCCCAAGGAGAAUGCGAAGUAACGCGCAAAGGAAGAUUCACGAGGAUGCCAUUUGAAAAUCCCGGAAAUUCAAUGGACGGGCACUUUGACUACCCUAAUCUACGAAAUCGGAUCAACCAGGUCAAAGAUGCCAUCAUCGCUGAGACCAUGGGUUGGACUCUAAGAGGGAAAGCCGCUCAGGAACAAGAAGCCGGCAUCUCUGAAAAUUUGAGACGACAGUACGAACAGAUUGUCGAAAAAUACAAAAAUCACAAGAACUUCACCGUGGAUCUGCACAUAGUCGACAGCAAUCCCUUUCUUUGGCAGCUGACUUACUUUGGUCGGCCCAUGACUCACUUGGAUGGUGGUAUCUUCAAUAUCAAGAUCUACCUGAGCCCAGAUUUCCCGGAGGAUCAACCCCGUGUGUUUGUCGAAUCGCCGCUGUUCCACUAUCGCGUGGCCAAGUGCGGGAUCCUAUGUUACUUUCCUGCACGGACUGAUGACAUGCGGUGCCAUGUCGACGCAAUUGUAGCGGCCCUGGAAGAGGAGUCUCCUUAUGACCCGCGAACAAACGUGCACCCGGAAGCGACCAGGAUGUUCUGGGGUUCUCCAGACGAUCGAAAACGAUAUAAUCGGGAGCUCCGCCGGUCAGUCGAGAGAAGUGCAGAAUAUGCUUAUGCAUAG